UGUAGUCAUACUACUUUGCGAAAAUGUGAAUUUAGUUUUAAUUUAUUUAUUAUAUUGAUUUAAUAAACAUAAUCUCAUAAUAAUAUAGGUUACUGAAAAGUUAAUUUGGUGUUAUAGUUUGCUAAGUAAUUAAUCAUGAUAGAGCUCUCGGCGAAAUUAACGACUGGCACAGUGUAUUUGGCUGGUGAAGCUCUGGAAUGUUGCAUUACAUUCUGCCACACAACUCAACCAGAGCAUAGGAAUUCACAAAGCCACAGUGAUAUUCUUGAAAACUUAGCAUGGGCAUCUGCACAAAUACACUGCUUCUACUCAACGUCAGGAAACACUGGAGAAAAAACACCUAUAUUAGGCAAAACAACUUCUUUAGAAGUAACAUCAUGUGAUAUUGGAGAUGUUAUAUUCCAUACUAAGCCAAAAAUAUUAUUCUGUGACUUAACAAUACCCCUUGGAGAGAGUAAAACAUUUUGGUACAGAGAAUCACUUCCAAUUGAAGCAGCACCGUCUUACCGAGGGACUUCAGUAAAGUACUCUUACAAAGUCACGAUAGCAACUCAAAAAGUAGGCUCACACAUCAAAAUGGUCCGAAUACCAUUCCGUGUCCUGCCUAUAAGCCCAAUCAUGAACAUGCAGGACUUGGCAGCUCUAUGUGGUAAUGAAACCACAGAAGAGCUGCAACCAACAAAUCCAUUUUCAGAAGAGAGAAAAGUUGAAACACCAUUGACAAUGGCUUUGCAAGUUUUACAGAAUCUUACAGCAAGAAGGAGUCCAAACUCAUACAUGAUUACAAACACAAGAGGAAAAGUUGGAAGAUUUUGUCUCUUUAAAUCUGCAUACAAAUUGGGGGAAGAUAUUGUUGGUACUUUCGACUUCUCUGUAGGAUCAGUUACUUGUAUGCAGGUCUCUGUAUCCCUACAACCAGAAGAAACUAUAAAGUCAAAGUCUCCAUCAAAAAAUGCCAGCAAAGACACCAGCAGCAGAUCAAUGACAGUAGCAAGAUACCAUGAAGUUACUUUGGGACUUACACAUUCACAGCUUAUAUUGCCAAUCCCUUUACACAUUACACCAGCAUUUGAAGUUGAUGAAGUGUCUUUAAAAUGGCGUCUUCACUUUGAAUUUGUGACCACAAAUGAAAAGCUUUUGCCAAAUCCAGAAGAAAUAGAUUGGAAUGCACCACUGAAGGUGCCCAUUGAAACAAUGGUAUGGAAUCUCCCUGUCAAAAUAUAUUCAACUCUCCCUAAACAAAUCACUCAACAUUCUGUUGGAAAUGAUGCUUACACUAUGUUAAUUAAAUAAUCUACUUAUUUCUUAAUAGUAAUGAUAAUAAAAGCUGUAAAUAAUGUACUUAGUUUAUUAAA